AUGUCGGCGUACACGCGGAUGAACAAGAUCGGGCGAGGAAGCUACGGGGACGUGUUCAAGGUGACAAGGAACUCAGACGGGAAGGUGCUGGUGAUCAAGGAGGUGUCGUUGCUAGGCGUCUCCAAGGAGGAGGAGAACGAGAUCCUCAACGAGACCGAGAUAAUCAAGAAGCUCGACCAUCGGCACAUCGUGUCGUGCGUAGAGUCCUUCGUUGAGAACGACGUUCUUCAUAUCGUGAUGGAGUAUGCUUCCGGUGGCGAUCUUGCGGCCGUGAUCAAGAGGAACUCAGCUGCUGGCAAGUACAUCACAGAGGAACAGUUCUGGUCUUAUCUCAUUCAGAUCACUCUCGGGCUGCAACAUAUGCACUCCCGGCGAGUACUCCACAGGGACGUGAAGGCGUCCAACGUCUUCCUAGACCAGAACGGAGACAUUAAGAUAGGUGAUCUUGGCCUUGGAAAGGUCCUCUCCAGCAAGACGACAUGUGCGAUCUCGCAAGUUGGGACUCCGAUCUACUUCUCACCUGAGAUCUGUGAAGGUAAGCCCUACGACACCAAGUCAGAUGUCUGGGCGCUCGGAUGCCUGCUGUUCGAGCUGGUGACAUGCAAACCACCUUUCCAAGCAGCAAAUCAGCCUCAACUGCUCAAGAAGAUUGUGAACGAUCCACCAGAGGCGCACGUGCCGUCUCACUACUCAAGGGAGAUCCCAUUCAUCAUUGGCAAACUGCUCGACAAGGACCCAAGGAAGCGACCCUCGCCUGACUCGAUCCUCAACUACUCGGCAGUUCAGAUCCGUAUUGAACGAGCUCGGUUCAAGCAGCAAGAGAUGGAACUC